UGUAGGAGAGUGUGUAUGGACUUUACACUCUGUCUGAAUGAAGGAGAAACUUCAGGAAACUGUUCUGCGAUGCUGAAGGUCGGGUUCUUCUGCGCUAAGAACACACUGUGUGCUGUGAAUGCGGUGUAUCUGGUGGUGGGCCUGUCCCUCAUGGCAGCGGCCGGUUAUGGGAAAAGUUUUGGCAUUGUGUGGAGUUUGAGCAUCAUCAGUGUAGUGAUGGUGGUGGGAGUCUUCCUCAUCUUCAUCUCCAUGCUGGGGAUCAUCGGAGCUCUAAGACACAACCAGAUCAUCCUGUUCACUUACAUCCUGGCGAUGAUAUUAGUGUUUAUCUUCCAGUUCGCUGCCUCAUGUUCCUGCCUCGCUUUGGGGAGAGAAAAACAGGAAAAGUUACUCAGCAUGUCGUGGGAGGUGAUGAGGAAUGAAACUCGCCGCUCUCUGGAGCAGCAGCUGGAUUGUUGUGGUUUGGUGAACAGCGCUGAAAAGCAACACGUGUUCAGAACUGACGUGAAUCUGUGCACUGCUGCGUGUAAGAGAACAGCUCACUGCUUCACAUGUGGAGAUUUGAUGCUGCAGAACACUGCAGAGACACUCAACUUCCUGGGUGGAGUCGGAUUAUUCUGCAGCUUCACACAGCUUGUGACCGUGUGGUUGGCUGUUCAAUACAGGAACCAGAGGAACCAUCAGAUCAGCUCCAGAACCUCGUCAUAGCCCCCAGAAGCGUCUGAAUUCAAUUCUCCAUUUUUGCUCCUCUCGUUUCUGGAGCUUUAUUUCAUUAACACUUUCAUUUAUUUGUAAAAAAGAAAAAGAAAAACUCUCUCUUCACUAAACCGCUGUUCUCCUUCUUCCUGAUUUUUCACUUUAAAUCAUAAAUAAUAAAACAGAAUAUAAACAUGUAGCAUGAGAGAUAAGA